AUGUUCAGGCGUCAAUCCUCCCUCCCGCGGCCUCAAUCCUCCCUCCCGUGGCCUCAAACCGCUUCCCCAUGGCAGCAAUCCUCCCUCCCGCCGCCACGCCUCAAUCUGCCCGCCGACGCGUCCGACCUGCGCGCCGACGCGGACGACCAGCGCGGCGACGCGGACGACCUGCGCGCCGACGCGGACGACCUGCGCGCCGCCGCGGACGAACAGUGCGCGGUCGCCGACGACCUACACACCGACGCGGACGGCCAGCGCGCGACCACCGACGACCCGCGCGCCGAUGUGGACGGCCAGCGCACAACCGCCGACGACCCACGCGCUGACGCGGACGGCCAGCGCACGACCGCCGACGACCCCGCGCACUGA